CCCAGGAACACAGGGAAGCCCUGAGCACGUUAAGGUCGUUUCAAAAGAGAGAGCUGGGUAUUGGUGAGGGAAGCUGAGCAGAAGAGGAACCGUGCGGUCCAGGAGGCAGAGGUCCUCUUCACCAUGGCCAGACGCCCCCGGAGCAGCAGGGCAUGGCACUUUGUCCUCAGUGCAGCCCGCCGAGACGCAGACACCCGGACCAUGGCUCUGGCAGGCACCAGUGACUGGGGCUAUGACUCUGACGGGCAGCACAGUGACUCGGAUUCUGACCCUGAGUGCUCCUCCCUGCCGCCAUCCAUCGCCAGCGCCUUGCCUGUGACAGGGGAGUCUUUCUGUGACUGUGAGGGCCAGACUGAGGCAGCCUUCUGCAGCAGCCUACACACAACCCACCGCAGCAAGGACUGUCGCUGUGGGGAGGAAGAUGAGUAUUUUGACUGGGUCUGGGAUGACCUGAAUAAGUCCUCAGCCACCUUGCUGAGCUGUGACAACCGCAAGGUCAGCUUCCACAUGGAGUACAGCUGUGGUACUGCAGCCAUCCGGGGCACCAAGGAGUUAGGAGAAGGCCAGCACUUUUGGGAGAUCAAGAUGACCUCACCUGUCUAUGGCACUGACAUGAUGGUGGGCAUUGGGACAUCAGAUGUGGACCUGGACAAGUACCACCACACAUUCUGCAGCCUGCUUGGCAGAGAUGAGGACAGCUGGGGCCUCUCCUACACUGGGCUGCUGCACCACAAGGGUGACAAGACGAGUUUCUCCUCGCGCUUUGGCCAGGGCUCCAUCAUCGGUGUGCACCUGGACACCUGGCAUGGGACGCUGACCUUCUUUAAGAACAGGAAGUGCAUAGGAGUGGCAGCCACUCGGCUGCAGAACAAGAGGUUCUACCCAAUGGUGUGCUCCACAGCGGCCAAAAGCAGCAUGAAGGUGAUCCGCUCCCGUGCCAGCACCACCUCCUUGCAGUACCUGUGCUGCUACCGCCUGCGCCAGCUAAGGCCAGACUCUGGGGACACCCUUGAGGGUCUGCCCCUGCCCCCGGGCCUCAAGCAGGUUCUGCACAACAAGUUGGGCUGGGUCUUGAGUAUGAACUGCAGCCACCGUAAGUCCCCUGCACCCUCGCCCAGUGCUGUGGCCCGGCCCAGUCCCAACAGCCCUGACGCCAGGCCCUGCCAGAGGAAGCGCUGCCGACGGACCUGACUUCUUCCCCUUGAAAACUGCCAUCCCGGCUGGGAUCGACAUUCUGUUCCUCCCUCCCAGCCUCAUCCAGGGCAGGAGAUGGAAGAGCUGGGCUGUCUGCCUGGAUUUGUGCCCCAUCUCCCAAGGCCAGGACAGUCCUUUCUGCAGGGCCUCCAGGACUUAGGCUGCCAAGAGUCAGGGUCACUCUGCUGCCCAUGCUGGGUGGGGAAGCAACCACUCCUGUCCUUUGAGCCCCUGUGUGUGUGUGUCCGAGGAGCAGCAGCCCAAGCAAUUGACCCAGACUGUGAGCCUUGGAGGCCGGGCUGCCCUGGGAAGAGAGGGUCCAGCCGGAGCUCAGCUCUUUCUGUCCCACAGGGCCUUGGCUUUUUCCUGACUUGGCUUUGCAUGUUGCCAGCUGUUGCUCCUGUCACAGAGCCUUCAACGACUGUAACAGACGUAGGGUUUAUGUGUCACUUCCAUUCGGCUGAAAGAUUAAAGAUCCAUACUGAGGCCUGGGCUGCCCAGCAUCUGUGGCUUU